UCAGAGAGACAAAACAUUCACUUUUCAAAAUCCGUCUCGGGCGAAGGACCGCCACCAUCUCUUCUUGCACUAUAACCUUCAAAAUCCUUCAAAAUCCGUAUCUUACCGUCAAUAAUAUCACUCGAUAUUCGCUUUCCUUUUCUGUAAUUUGAUUACCCACUUCAGGUUUUCCAUCUCGAAAUCAAAUUCAUCAAUUUCUGCAAUGGGUAGUUGUUUUAGCAAGAAGAACACCUCUUGUUCUCCCGCUCCGCCGCCUCCUCCUCCAUCUGCUCCGCCUGCUACCGGUUAUGGUUACGGUUAUGGGGUUGUUGAUUCAAGCAUCAAGAGCAAGCCCAUAUCGGAAACUGAAGCAGGGGACCUUAAAAUGAAGGUGAAGAAGCAGCCAGGAGCAAAACAAGAACAAAUUGCCCAACAAGAAGGAGACAAUCAAGAUCAAGAACCCCAAGUCCAAGUGAAGAAGGAGGUAUUCGUCAUCAAACACCGAAAGAGCCACGACGAAAGAGGGGACAGAGAUUGCAAGAAAACCCCACUUCCCCAAAACCAAAUCCAACCGAAUUCGCCGCGACAACCUCCGUCAGAUGCGGCGGUUGUUUUUGCUGCUUCCGCUGCUUCUCCUCCGCAGAUAUCUGCUGACACCAAGACCGGUGCUUGCAGUGAAUCCGUGGAUGACGUUGACAAGGUUGGGAAGCGUGUGAGGACGUUGAGCUGCAACAAGGAGGAAUUGGACGCCAUUCUCAUACAGUGUGGAAGGCUUAGCCGUAGCAAUUCUUCCGGGUCUGCGAAUAGAACCCGAAAGUACUCUGGUUCGAAAAGGAGCUAUGAUUUUGAUGCGAGCGAUGUUCAUGCCAAUGUCAAUGAUAUAUGUAAUGGUGCUGAUGCUGAUGGUGAGGGUGAUAGGGUUUCAGAAGAGAAAUCUCACCGCCAUUCUUCGAGGUCAAGGCCUUCUUCUCCCUCUUCUCAAGGGAGGAGGAGGAGGACACCCAGCAGAGAAAGAAAUCAGCAGCAGCGAUCGAGCAGCAGGGAGAGACGAACUAGUCUUUCACCGGGCAAACGCUCAUCUUCUAAUGCUAAUUCUGGUGCAACAGCAACUGCCAAUGCGAAUCCUAGGCCAGGAAAGAUGGUUUCAGUCCCUCCAGCUGCCAUUAACAAUGGGGAAUCUGCAACUACCAUCAAGCGAAUUUCAGUGAAGAGAAAUGUUGGAUCCCCCCGUGCUCAGUCCCCAGCUAGAGCUCAGUCUCCAGCUAUAUUGAAUGGUAGAGGUCCCAAUGACGGUCAGCAGCAGCCUUCUCUAAGCCGGAGCUCCUCAAGAAAAGCGGAGCAAUCCCCCUACAGAAGGAACCCAUUGGCUGAGAUCGAUCCUAACUCCCUUGCCUACCCACAAGCGAAUAACAACAGCCGAAACAAAAGAGAAAUCAAGGGUGAAGAGGAGAUUGUUGUCAAGGAACCCACCAAUCUUUCAAAUCAGAAACCGACUCUCGAAAUCAACUGUAACAGAAUUGUUGCCCAAGGUAUCAACUACAUAACCAGCAAUAGUACAAUGGACAACAAGAACACGGUUCUAGUGGAGGAGGCCAAGGGACAACCACAAGGGAAACCCCAAACAUUAACAAGAAGCAGGUCCUCUAGGCGAUCCAGAGACCUAGACAUUGAUCCUGAAACCGACACCCUUUUGAAUCCUGGGCAAUCUUUGUAUACUUCACUAUUGCUCAAAGACAUACAGAAUUUCCACCAGCAGAACACGCCGAGUGCAGUAUCACUCCCUUCAUGCGUAUCUAAGGCCUGCUCCAUUGUAGAAGCAGUUGCCGACCUCAACUCUGCUACGAAAAGCACUCCAACAGAUCAAAGGAACAAAAAAUUUGCUUCUGGCUAUAAUGCUUCACUUGCUGGGAAGAGCAUAGGCUGUCUAGCAGAUGAGCGAAAAGAUCCUUUUGUUGAGUCUGAGGUAGUUGCCAAUGAUGAUCUGAUGGAGCCAAGCUUCCACAAGUAUGUGACUGUGAGAAGGGGUACUGGUGCAUUGGAAGAUAUGGAGGACCAAGAGUCUUCUGGCAGCAACAGCUUUCUCAGUGGUAGUUCUCACUCGCAACAACAUAAUUGGGGCUUCUCUUCUUCUUCAUGGGAACCCAAUUCAGCCGACUCCACUGAUUGCUGGACUUCAAGAUCCAACACCAAAGAGGAGGAUCACAAAACUCCAGUGAGUAUUGGUAUGGAUGAGGCUGCAAGAAGGAGAUUGAAUAGGCACCAGUGCAGCGGUGGAAUUGGGCGUGGAAGUCUCGCUGCCAUCAAAGCCAAAGGGCUUCCCACACUUCCAGGUGCUGCAGCUGCAGCAUCAAUGUAGGUGUAGUUAAGCGUUUUUACUUAUUCAUUCAAAUUUGUACCUUUCGAUUUCAGCAACUCUCCCUCUAGUGUAGACUACAUUUGUGUUGGCAGUUGCAUACUUGCAACAUUUUCUAUUUGAAGCGCUGAUUAAAUUCUUCUUUUUUCCGUAAA